GCUCCUCUCGGCUCUCUCUCUGAUUUUCGGAGCCAUUUUGGAGUGAGUUGAUGAUAUUGGGGGUGUCCGGUGAUCAGCAGGCGGCGCCCCCCCCCCCUGUGUGUCGGAUGUCACAUUGAAGUUUGGGCUCCUGUGUGUCUCCUCCCCCCCCCCCCCCUCUAAUCUUCUUGCUGCAGAAGGUGGAGUUCUGGCGGGGGGAGUCCUCACUACACCGGACCGAAUACUCACUACUGCUGGCUGAUCGGCUGCUGGGCUCCACAUUACACAUCUCACCCCCCCCCGGACUACGACUGGAUCGUCCCCCUCCCCCGAUGUGAAGGAAUUAUCUCUGUCCAUGGGAUUGUAUGACAUCGUCUUGUAUGGGCGCUGAGAUCCGACCACAACAUGGGGGCUCUAGGACUCACUUGGACACUUCUUCUGGCAACUUUCUGUGCAGGCUCUGGGCACAAUGAAGAGGAUCCCAGAGAGUGCAUCUAUUACAACGUCAAUUGGGAGGCAGAGAAGACCAACCAGAGUGGUGUGGAAAGGUGUGAUGGAGAGAAGGACAAGCGGCUUCAUUGCUAUGCAUCUUGGAGGAAUAAUUCUGGCUUCAUUGAACUUGUGAAGAAAGGCUGUUGGUUAGAUGAUUUCAACUGCUAUGACCGACCGCAAUGUGUAGCAAAAGAAGAGAACCCGCAAGUGUUUUUCUGCUGCUGUGAUGGGAACUACUGUAACGAGAAGUUUACCCAUUUGCCUGAUAUUGAAACAUUUGAUCCAAAGACUCAGCAGCCAGUGUCAGUCUUGAACAUUCUGGUGUAUUCCCUGCUUCCCAUUGCUGGCCUGUCUAUGGCCAUUCUCCUGGCAUUCUGGAUGUAUCGCCACCGGAAACCUCCCUAUGGUCAUGUUGACAUUAAUGAGGAUCCAGGGCCACCUCCGCCAUCUCCAUUAGCUGGACUCAAGCCCCUGCAGUUAUUGGAACUCAAGGCAAGGGGCCGAUUCGGCUGUGUUUGGAAGGCAAGGCUGAUGAAUGAAUAUGUAGCUGUGAAAAUCUUUCCCAUUCAGGAUAAGCAGUCCUGGCAGAGUGAGAGGGAAAUCUUUAACACCCCCGGCAUGAAACAUGAAAAUCUCUUGCAAUUUAUUGGGGCUGAGAAGAGAGGGGCAAACCUGGAAAUGGAGCUGUGGAUAAUCACUUCUUUCCAUGAAAAGGGCUCUCUAACUGACUACCUAAAAGGAAAUGUCAUAAACUGGAACGAAUUAUGCCACAUUGCGGAGUCUAUGGCACGAGGGCUGGCAUACCUUCAUGAAGACGUGCCUCGUUGUAAAGGCGACGGGCACAAGCCUGCCAUUGCUCACAGAGAUUUUAAAAGUAAGAACGUAUUGUUGAGAAAUGAUCUGACCGCAAUUUUGGCAGAUUUCGGGUUAGCUGUACGGUUUGAACCUGGAAAACCUCCUGGUGAUACUCAUGGGCAGGUUGGAACGAGGAGGUAUAUGGCUCCAGAGGUGCUAGAAGGAGCAAUAAACUUCCAGCGAGAUGCCUUUCUCAGGAUAGACAUGUAUGCCAUGGGGCUCGUUCUGUGGGAGAUUGUAGCUAGAUGUACAGCUGCUGAUGGGCCUGUUGAUGAGUAUAUGUUACCAUUUGAAGAAGAGAUUGGUCAGCAUCCUUCUUUAGAAGACUUACAGGAAGUAGUGGUGCACAAGAAGAUGCGCCCUGUAUUUAAAGACCAGUGGUUAAAACAUCCAGGUUUGGCUCAGUUAUGUGUCACAAUUGAAGAGUGCUGGGACCAUGAUGCAGAAGCGCGGCUGUCCGCAGGCUGUGUGGAGGAACGCAUUUCUCAAAUCCGCAAAUCAGUUAAUGGCACUACCUCGGACUGCCUUGUAUCCAUUGUUACAUCUGUCACCAAUGUGGACUUGCCGCCCAAAGAGUCCAGUAUCUGAGUCAUCGUUGCUUUUGUCUUUCCAGACUCAAGGUUCAAAACAGCAGAAAAAUCUAUGAAAAAAAAUUCUAUAUAAAAAUGAAAAAAAAGAAAAAAAAUACACCUACACACAUACACACGAACGCAGCUGCUAUUUUGACUUGACUUUUUUAUUAUUAUGGGUUUUUGUUGAAUUUUUUUUUUUUUUAUUAUUAUUUUCUCGUUGGGAUGGGUUGGAUCAAUUUUACCAGCACGUUGUUCUAUUGUGUACAUAUAUAUAAAUAUAUGAAUAUUAAAAAAUCAAAAACUGUAAAAAAAAAAAAAAAAAGAAAACAAACAUCUCAGCAAGCAUUCAGGUGCCGACUUAUGAAUGCAAAACGGUGAAGGUACUUCAGAACCUCAGCAAACUCCUUUUUAGGUAAUAUAUUGGUUUCUCUUAAUGUGUGAGGUCCUCGGGAGAGGACCCAUUGGAGACCACCUACAAAAUGCUGCAAACUUUGUAGUAAGCUAAAGACUGUUACAUAAGAUACACCUUCCACAAACAGGAUUUCCUCUCAACAACCGUGAUCACCUUCUAUUCUUACCUUCUGGACCUAGCUCUCCAAAAAUUGUCUGUUGUGUCUUUUACGGAUCUAACGGGUGUCUUUGUAACAUGUAGAGAAACUCAAAACCGAAUGUUCUCUCAUUUUGAGAGCUAAAUAUUUCAGAGGUUCUUUGUGUGGGCAGGGCAGAUGGUGGUUGCACACUGCAGCAUUUGGCAAAUGGUUUAUUUCUAUGAAGCUACUCCUCAGGUAAAAUUAUUUAAAAGGGGAAGGAUGCUUUUUCAGAGCAGAGCAUUGCCAUACAAAACCAGGACAGAGAAAGGAAGACCUCAAUAGUCUCAUGGCGUGGUUUAGUAUAAGCUAAGAAUCAUGAUCUUGCAGUCCUUCGGCUAUGGAGAUUGUUCAUGUUCUAGUGGCUGUGGCAGGAUGUGGGGGGGCCAUUACAUCUCCAUAGUUUUAGGUUGCACAGACCUGGUCUACAAAGUCCAUAUAGGCAAUUAAGAACACCGAUAUACUGGAAAUGUAUUUUUUAAUGUUCAGGAAAUGUCAGCUGCCUUGUUAGAUAACCAGGUGACUCCACACUAGCAUCAACGGGUCAUGGGCUUGGCAACCAUUAAAAGCUUUAAACAAAAACAAUCUGUUCACGUGAUGCAUGUAAACAUCCUUUUUACCUGCAUUGGUGUUGCUGUAAGGUAUUCCUUCUCUGUACCUUGGAAUUUUAAAACCUAGCUUGGUGCAUAUUCAGAUCCCACUAGAUUUGCCAUAACCUUGCUCAAGUCAGUGAAUGUUUCUGAUGCUGCUGAUUCAAUACUUGGAUACAUUUUCAUCUGCAAAACAAGCAAUGUUUUUUUUUUUUUUUUUUUUUUUUAAGUAAACGCAUUCAAUUUACGUGGCUUCCAAGGUAGACCUCUUUAUGUGUUGGGUAACUGCACAGUUUACGCAUUGUGUUUUAUCCAAUACAUGAUGGAGUUCAAUUACAAAAGAAAAAAAUAGAUAAAAUUUCAAAAUAUUUCAUGACCAUAGACCACCUCAAACCAGAAAUACCUCAGAAUUUUGUACUUGUAUAAGUUUAUUAUAUAUUUUUAGUUGUGUUGUCUUGUAGUAAGUAUAUUUUAAUGUAAGUUGGCUUUUCUGACAAGGGAAUUUAAAGAAAAAAAAAUUAAAAGGAAAAAAAAAAUUCAGAAUCUCUUAGGAAGUGCUACCUUUUUGUUUUUAUCAGAGCACCAUUGUAAAUAAUUGUAUAAAUUUGUAGAUUAACUGCCUAAAUAAGAUAAUUUGGUAUCAUUCAUACAUUUGUAAUGGCUGUUUAGCCAUGUAUAUUUUUAACCGACGGUAAGCCUUUUCUUUUUCUGUCAUUCCUAAUCUGGAUUUUCUUUGUCUGCAGAGUGACAUUUAAAAGACUUGCAGUUGGUAGUUUCCUACCAUGUUCUCCAUUAUAAAAAAAAUGUUUGUGAGGAAAGGAGGGGAUUGGGGGUUAAUAUGGUUAUUACGAUUACCCUAAACCUAAGCUACAUAUAUACUUUUAUGUGUUUUGUUAAUGUGCCUUUAUUCACAAAUACUGUUAACAAAGACUAUUUAUUUGGUCUUUUUCUUUAACUGCACCUUGAAUAUCCAUUUUUUUUUUCAUUAUUUCAUUUCUAUUAGGAAAGGCUUACUGUCAUCUCUCAAUUAUGUCCAAGUGAACUUUGCAGCUGUUCUGUUUUUCCUUCCCUAAUUAAAAAAAAA